AUGGAUGACCUUUUGCGAAGAGAUCGAUCGCAGGCACUGCCAACUAACGGCAAGUACUAUAAGCCGAGGCAGGCUGCUGGUUUUUUUACGCUGGGACUGCUCAAUAAUAUGAUGUAUGUUGUCAUUUUAACAGCUGCGUUGGAGCUAUUACCUUCACAUGUUCCUACUGGCUUACUUGCAUUUGUGAAUAUCACACCUGCUGUUAUCGCAAAAGCUGUUUUUCCCUAUCUUCUCAAAGGCGAAAUUCAAUAUGACAAAAGAGUUUGGACCUGUACUCUCCUGGCAUUUUUAGGCAUGAUGGUGAUUGCGAUGUUUAACUCACUAUUUAUACGUUUAGCAGGCAUUGCAACGGCUAGUUUUGCGAGUGGUCUUGGAGAGAUUACGUAUUUGCAGUACUCUACUCGCUUCCCUGAUGUAUUAACGACGUACUGUGUCGGAUGGUUCGCCAGUGGUACAGGGGCUGCAGGAUUAGCUGGUGCAUUGGCAUGGUGGAUUGUGCGUCCUUUGGGUGUAAAAAAUGGACUCAGUCUGUUGGCCUUUCUGUCUUUCGGCACAGCAAUUUCCUUUUUUCUUGUUCUUCCUAGGUAUGGUUCUAUGGUCACGGAAACUGCAGAGGAUGGCGCGCUUGAAUCAUUAAUGCACUCAGAAAAUGAGGAAGAUGCGCCGAAUCGCUCACAGGAAGUAACACUCUCUUGGGAUGAUAAAUUGGCGUUGCUCAAGCCACUGUUCUUUACAUAUGUCCUACCCCUUGUCUGCGUCUACUUUGCGGAAUACACUAUCAAUCAGGGGGUUGCGCCUACACUUCUCUAUCCUGUCCCCUCUCCUGAAAAGCAUCAUCUACUUUCGCUGGUUAUUAAAACACUUCGUGAUUAUUAUCCAUUAUACCAGCUGAUAUACCAAACAUUUGUAUUUCUAUCAAGGUCAUAUACAUCCAUCUUACCACUACCGGCCAUCCCGAAACAAUGGCUGUGGGCACCGGCCGUUCUUCAAACAGCUUUAUUACUUUUGCUUUUGUCGGAGAGCAUGUAUUCAUGGUUCAAAGCAUCUAUUGCGCGUUCGCUUGUUAUGGUAAUGGUAGCCGUUGAAGGAUUAGCGGGAGGUUCGGCCUAUGUUUCCGUUAUGAGUCGUAUCGGAGGGCAGGAGAGGAAUCCGAACCCUACAAGCAAUUCGCGACGUGACGUUCAAGAAUACGAAUUUAAAAUCGGAUCUGUCAGUCUGGGCGAUUCAAUUGGAAUCGUACUGGCAUCUAUUAUAUCAAUGCCUAUUCAAGUAUCCCUAUGUCGCUAUCAAAUUGCAAAUGGCCGAGACCUUUGCUCACGAGUUUAA